AUGGCCGACGAUGUACCAAAUCCCAUGGCGGAGUCCGGCGUGACCAUGCACUCGGACAGCGAGCAGUACUCGGGCGCCGAGGACCUGCCGUCGGACGUGCCGUCGACCUCCUCGUCGCAGGACGACCAACCUAUCAUUCUGUACCGACCGCCGACGCUGUGGUCGCUGUUCCGUGGGGCGACAAUCAACCUACUCUUGCCAUUUGUCAAUGGCAUGAUGAUGGGCUUUGGCGAGCUGUUUGCACACGAGUUUGCCUUUCGGCUAGGCUGGAGCGGGACAAGGGCGCAUGCGGUCGGUCCGGGCGUCGAGCUGCGCGAGCGGCGGUGA